AUGGCUGUCAGUAAUACACCUGUCAGUAUUCCAUCUGACAGUAACCCAUCUGACAGUAAUCCAUCUGACAGUAACCCAUCUGACAGUAAUCCAUCUGACAGUAACCCAUCUGACAGUAGUCCAUCUGACAGUAACCCAUCUGACAGUAACCCAUCUGACAGUAACCCAUCUGACAGUAAUCCAUCUGCCAGUAAUCCAUCUGACAGUAAUCCAUCUGACAGUAACCCAUCCGACAGUAAUCCAUCUGCCAGUAAUCCAUCUGCCAGUAAUCCAUCUGACAGUAACCCAUCCGACAGUAAUCCAUCUGCCAGUAAUCCAUCUGACAGUAAUCCAUCUGACAGUAACCCAUCUGACAGUAAUCCAUCUGACAGUAACCCAUCUGACAGUAAUCCAUCUGCCAGUAACCCAUCUGACAGUAACCCAUCUGACAGUAAUCCAUCUGACAGUAAUCCAUUUGACAGUAAUCCAUAA